GAGGCGCAAAGCCUGUCGUAAAUGCCUCCGAUUUACGGCACUUUACGAUAAUGCGCGCUUUCUCGUGAAAGGUGUCAAAACAAACCCACAGGGCUUCACGAGUAGCUCGUUAGUAAAUCGGAUUUACUUGCAAGGCUGUUGCUGCUGCUGCUGCUAAAAGGGCGCCGACCUUAUUUGUUUAAAUAUCUCGUGCCCACCACUUACCACAGCCCGCGCACCAGGUACUUUAAAAGGUCGCAGCAGCUAAUAUUGCGUGUGCAUUCAGUGAGCAUCAAAUACCAUCGCGUGCGAUUGUACGUCACUUUCUGGAAACGGGAUGUGACGCUGAACAGUUCGAUGUUUUAUUCGCACAGUUACAUUCCACCGAAAUGGAUGUUGAAAAGUGUAAAAGUUGGCAUUCAAGGCCUGGACGUUGGAGCGGCGAAGCUAAGCGCUGCACUCCUGGGUGGUAAAAGGAAGUGACGUUUGUGAGCGGGCAACUCGAUGGCAUCAGCGUCUUAUUGGCUGGCACAAGUGGCCUGCCGGCAGUUGAGUUCGGCCAUCGUCCCUCAGCAGUGUGCCCGGUGUCUGUGCCCGAGUCCUGAUGCCCGGAGGACGGCCUGGCAUGGCUGGAGACCCCUCUCAACGAGCCCCUCCAAGUGCCACUUAUUCGGGAAGUCCUCGGAGCCCCAGACUUUGGAUGACGUGGUGAGCCUCUUAAAACGCGGGGACUGCAAAAGGGUCAUCGUGAUGGCGGGCGCUGGCAUUAGCACCCCGAGUGGAAUCCCGGACUUCAGGUCCCCUGGCAGCGGCUUAUAUGACAACCUUCAGCAGUACGACAUCCCGUACCCCGAGGCCAUCUUCGACAUUCACUACUUUCAUCAGAACCCCAGGCCCUUCUUCACCCUGGCAAAGGAGCUUUACCCGGGCAACUACCUGCCCAACAGCGCCCACUACUUCGUCCGACUCCUGCACAUGAAGGGGCUGCUGCAGCGCAUGUACACCCAGAACAUCGACGGACUCGAGCGACUGGCCGGCGUGCCCCCAGACAAACUGGUCGAGGCCCACGGGACGUUUGCUUCAGCCACCUGCACCACGUGCCAAAAGUCGUACGCUGGAGAAGACCUGAAGGCUGACAUCUUUGCGGACCGCAUCCCGAAGUGCGCCACCUGCAGAGGGGUCAUCAAGCCGGACAUCGUGUUCUUCGGAGAGGAGCUCCCCCAGCGCUUCCUGCUCUUUCUGACCGACUUCCCCUUGGCUGACCUGCUUAUCAUCAUGGGCACAUCCCUGGAGGUUGAACCUUUCGCCAGCCUAGCGGGUUCGGUGCGGAGCUCUGUCACCCGUGUCCUCAUCAAUCGGGACGCCGUCGGACCCUUCGCCUCGCCCUCAUGCCGCUUUAACGACGUGCUGGAGCUGGGAGACGUGAUCGGCGGCGUGGAGAAGUGCGUCGACAAGCUGGGCUGGAAGGCCGAACUCGACGCGUUGAUGGCGGCUGAAAUCAAGAAGCUCAAGAACUAAAAGCACAGGGCCAAUCCGAGCCACGGGGACUUCGGUGGAGAGACGGGGGUCUGGAAACCUGACAGCGGGCUGGCGAGCUUCACUUGAGCGCACAAUCGAGGGACUGAGGACUGAAGAACCACAGCGUCUGACCCCAAAUGGGAGACCCCUCAGUCCGUGUCCAUAUGUGUGGCAGUACAGCCUCCCCCUGGGGGGUCACACCAGCCCAAAACAUAAUAAAACGUCGUGGGGUCUUUGGACGCA